CUCAUUCUCACCAUGUCCUCCCCCUCCCCCUCCCCCCUCGACCGUCUCGUAUCCCAAUACUACCAACAAGUCGAACUUCCCUCCCUCUCGCUUCCCGACAACGCCAUUCUCCUCACCCCCACCACCCAACAUGCCCUCUACAACCGCAUGUUCAACGAUUCCGACCCCGCCCUAUGGCCGCUGCCCCCCGCGCAAUACCGCAUGCGCGUGCUCAAAUUGAUCAUCGCCCGCCUUGAACAAUCACUUACCAAUCCGGAGGAGGAAGAAAUCAUCGACGACCUCCUCGAAACAUGGGGCGCCUUACUCACGCACCCCAAACCCUCCGCCAUCGAACAAGCCCAACAACUCACCUACAUCAAAUACACCGCCCCGCCGCCGCCGCCCCCGCAUCCAACCACCAGUCCCCAACCACCGAAACAACAACCCGCGCAACAGCGAACCACCAUCACCUCUGAAUCCCGCGGCCUGAUCCUCUCCGCGGGCACCACCGGCUUCCGCACGUGGGAAGCCGCCCUCCACCUUGGGACCUACCUCGCGACGAACCCCAGCGCCGCCCACACCUGGAUCGCCGGGAAACGGGUGAUCGAGCUGGGCGCGGGCACGGGGUUUCUGGGGAUGUUCUGCGCGCAACACCUCCAGCCCCAGUCCGUGGUUGUGACCGAUCGCGAGAUCGCUUUGAUCGAGCAGAUCCAGGAUUGUGCGGGGCGGAAUAAGCUGAUAAGCGAAGGGGACGGCGACGACAACAACAACAACAACAACAACAACAACAACAACAACAACAACAACAACAACAACAACAACAACAACACCCCGGCUAAACGGUUCGCGGCGGGGAUCUGGGAGUGGGGGACUCCAUUGGAUAUUCCCGGGCUGGGUAAUGGUCGUGGUGGUUCCUCGGGAGGAGUGGGAGAUGGCGCAUUGGGUGAAGCGAAGGGUCUUAAGUUUGAUGUCGCGUUAGGGGCGGAUUUGAUCUACGAUGUUGACCUUGUUCCCCUCCUUGUCGCGACCAUCCAGGACCUCUUCACCAACUAUGGUCUGCAGCAAUUCAUCAUCUCCGCCACUUUACGAAACGAGGAUACUUUCCGGACAUUUUUGAGAGCUUGUGAAGCCCAAAAUUUCACGGUCGAGCAGAUCCCCUUCACAUCACCUCCCGAGGCAGAGCAGAAGGGCUUCUAUCAUUCCACGGCUAUUCCAAUCCAUAUAUAUCGAAUCACAAGACCGACAAUUUAACUUGAAUUCCUUCUCGGUGAACGAGAAGAGGGUUUGACGUCGAGUCCACAGGAAUCAAAUAUAUCACUACCAGCUCGCUUACCGAUCUACCCGCUUACUUCGACGUUCGACCUCUUCCUCUACUUAAGGUAAAUCAAUCAUGGUCUCACAUUGUUGAUAGUAAAUCUGUCUUCAAAGACAAAAUCUUGACUUGAGAGUGUGAUCUGCGAAUAAUAGCUGUUUCUAUAAAAAGCCAGUGCUGUUCUGUAUGUA